GUCGUUCUCUCCGCUAUCCUGGACUGUGUUUGAAACAAUAACUGCAUUCACUAUGUUAUGCCUCAUAACUCGUCCGGACUCGGUGGUUCUGGAAGUGGAGGUGGACCCAAAAGCAAACGGAGAGGACAUUCUCAAUAAGCAUAUUACUGUGAAUGCAGGUGUUCUCUCAUACCACAUUACCACUUCAAAAGUCCCUCUUAUAUAUGCCGGAAAAUGGGAAUCAUAGAGGUGGAUUAUUUUGGACUUCAGUUCACCGGUACAAAGGGAGAGAAUUUAUGGAUGAAUCUCAGAAACAGGAUUUCUCAACAAGUGGACUGCCUGUCUCCCUGCAGGCUGAGGCUGCGAGUCAAGUUCUUUGUUGAGCCGCAUCUAAUCCUGCAAGAACAAACCAGACAUUUGUUUCUGAUGCAUGUGAAGGCGGAGCUUUUCAAAGGAAGCUUGCGAUUGGACGCGGAGCAGGCGAUCGAGCUCUGUGCACUACUGGCUCAGGCAGAGUUUGGAGAUUACAUACAUAAUACAGCCAAAUACUGCUACUCCCAGAUCUACGGUCAAGAGCCCAGCCCUGACACCAUCAACAAUAUUGUUUCGAGGCAUAAGGCACUGGAGGGUGUUAGUCAGGCUUCAGCAGAAUAUCAAGCCCUGCAGCUGGUUUCCUCUCUCAACUACUAUGGCGUAGAGUGGCACUCUGCACGUGAUUCUGAGGGACAGGAUCUACUCAUCGGGGUCGGACCAGAGGGCCUGUUUGUCUGCAAAACAGAUUUCACCCCUGUUGAAAGAAUCGUAUAUCCAGUCAUUCAAAUGGCCACUCAGUCUGGAAGGAAUGUGUAUGUGACCAUCACAAAGGACAAUGGGGACAGUGUGGUUCUCCUUUUUAAGUUCAUCAGUCCCUGUGCUGCCAAUGGACUGUAUCGCGCUAUCACGGAGAUUCACGCCUUCUACAGGUGUGACACCGUAAUGAGCACAGUGAAGAUGCAAUAUAGCCGUGACUUCAAGGGUCACCUGGCGUCCCUCUUCCUCAACGAAAGCAUUGACCUUGGUAAAAGGUACAUCUUUGACAUCCAGCGCACAUCCAAAGAAGUGUAUGACCGUGCCCGGCGAGCCCUGUUCAAAACAGGGAUGGCUGUGAAUGGAUGUGAGAGCCCAAGAGACAGUUACAGUCACUCGCCGCUGAGACAGACAAAAGUUGAAAGGGAGAAGCAAAUGUGCGUUGGCUGCAGGGAAACUCACAUUCUGAAGGAAAAGCUCCAAAUACUACAAGACGCCCUGACCUGUGCUCUGUGCUGCGAACAGGAGAUCAAUGCUGCUUUCUGUCCUUGUGGACACAUGUUCUGCUGCUAUAACUGCGCCAGCCAACUUCAGUGUUGCCCAGUUUGCCGUUCAGAGGUGGACCGUGUUCAGCAUGUCUAUUUACCCACUUGUGCCAGUCUACUUGGCCUGGCAGAGGCAAAAACCGCCACCUUCAGUGUGCCCAGAGGGACUGCCAUCUCAGAGGAUUGUGCCAAUAAAGAAAAUACCUGCCAGCUGUAGGAUGGAUAACAUCUGCAUACCGCGCAUGGACACUAUUUUAAAAAUACAGAAGAAAUGUUAUGAUAAAAUAUUCAGUGGUUCUAUUGAGUGAGCUGAACUGCACAGAGUGAGGCCAGCUAUCUACAAGUACCUCAAAAAAUGAUGACUACUGCUAAUCAUACUGUUGUUUUUCACAGUAUGCACAUUACAGGUAUAAAAAUGAAUAAACCGUUUUACACUGGAGGUCAUUCAGAGAGGAAAAUAUCGUGCACGGUACACAGCAACAUUUUUUUUAUGUACUGUAUCAGAACGUAUGUGUUUUUUUUUUGUUUUUUUUUAAGUAAAUACAAAUGUAGUUGUUAACACUCCACAUCAACUAUAUUCUUUAUCAGAAAGGAUUUUUAAAGGUUUAUUUUAUAUUUGUUUCUAUUUGUGUACACUGUUUUAUUGUACAAAUAUUUAAAACAAUAUAUUUUGUAUAAUUACAUGAAAGGUUUUCAGUAUUCACAAAAUAAGCCUUUAAUGCACUAUAUUACAAAAAGGUCCAAAUAACUAAGAGUUAUAUGUCCUCUUUUAUACUGACAUGUAUUUUAUCUGUAUCCAAACAGAAUAAAGAGCUUUUACACACCUUUUAA